AUGCCAGAGAACCGCGAUUUCACCAUACGACCGCUACCGAAGCAAGUAAGGAACGACCAUCGCGAUGCAUUUCGAGUAUAUUUGUCCACUACAUCUUUGGCGAGUCUCAAACUGAAGGCCGGCGACGUCUGUCGCCUACUACUUCCCGGCGGGUCAUCCAAACAGGCCAUAGCAUGGAAUUCUGCCGAAAGCAUCGGAAAAUCGGUUGUACAGACCUCGAGAACUCUUCAGGACUGUUAUAGGGUCAAACUCGGUGAUCAGGUCUCAAUAGUAAGGGUGGACGAGCCUCUGGUAGACGUGGACUCCGUUUCGUUGAUCGACUGCUCGGACGCUGAUAGGACAGAGAAAUAUGGUCCGAUUUAUCCCUCUGAUAGGAAUCAUUGGGCAUGGGCUUUGGAGCUUCCUCUCUCAAAGUGCGAAGCCCUGGCGGUUGGAUUGAUGUUUGAUUUGGAUCUCAGAGGUCAGAGAAGAAGCUUUCAGAUCUCGAAUAUCCGGUCAGUGACGCAGGGCCAUGAUAGUACUAUAUUUAGGUUCACAGAGGCUUCCAAGGUUUUGAUCGAUGAAUUGGAGGAAGGCAUCGAUGAGAGUUUAACUACUCACCUCCAAGUUCUCCCGAUUGGCCUUGGAGGGAUGGGUCAACAGAUUCAAUCCAUUAAUGAGAACCUUGCUGAUUUCUAUCUGGGCUCUGACAAGCUGGUUAUGCCAUCAUUCUAUGAAUAUAGCAGGGGUAUUCUUUUAUAUGGUCCGAAGGGAACAGGCAAAACAACGUUGUUGGCCCAGAUACGACAAGCGGGAUGGCGAAGAACAUUUGACCUUGGCCCAGUUUUUAAUAGAAACGUCGGUGAUGGGGAGAAUAGGGUGCGCAACAUAUUUCAAGAGGCGGUUCGCUACCAGCCUAGCGUUGUGAUGAUAGAUCAGCUUGAAUUCGUUGCACCCAAAAAGAUAUCGGUCGACUCGUCCUCCUUAGCACUGGUAUUGUGUGAGUGCAUAGACUUUGCAAAAUCGGCUCGCGUUCUAGUAGUCGGUGCUACUCGCCACCCCAAUGAUGUCGACGAUGCAUUACGAACGCCUCAUCGACUAGCAAGUGAAAUUGAGCUACAAAUCCCUACAGCGCACGAUCGACGUGAAAUAGUGACUGCAAUAUGUGGCGGCCCGUCUCCUGCCCUGAAUGACAGGCUCAUUGAGCUCAUCGCGGAGAAAACGCACGGGUAUGUUGGAGCUGAUCUAUAUGCCCUGUUGCAGCUUGUCUGUCGCAAAGCCCGGAAAAGGCAGAUCCAUGAUCUUGCGGAUAACCGUUUGAAUACCGAGGAGACAAUAUCAGAUGAGCUUCGAGGGCUACGAAUUUGUGGGGACCCGGUCGUCGAGCUCACAAUCGAGGAGGGUGAUAUUAUGGCAGCGCUCCAGGAGACACGGCCGACUGCGAUGAGGGAAGUGUUCCUGGAGACACCAAAAGUAAGGUGGUCGGAUAUCGGGGGUCAACAUGAUAUCAAAAGACGACUUCAAAAGGCUGUUGAGCGACCGUUAAAGUUCCCCGAGCGAAUGAAAAGGCUGAAUGUAAAGAGCAAAAAGGGAAUUCUUCUUUAUGGACCUCCAGGAUGCUCCAAAACCUUGACCGUCAAAGCCCUGGCUACCGAAGCAGGAUUGAAUUUCAUGGCCGUUAAAGGUGCAGAAAUUUUGAGCAUGUAUGUCGGUGAAUCAGAAAGAGCAUUGCGCGAGGUUUUCAGGAAGGCACGCUCUGCUAGGCCCAGCAUUAUCUUUUUUGAUGAAAUUGAUGCCAUCGCCUCGAGGCGUGGAAAUGCGUCUCAAGGUGGUGUAAAUGUGCUCACGACUCUACUUAACGAAAUGGACGGUAUUGAGGAGCUUAGGAGUGUUCUUGUUGUUGCGGCAACAAAUAAGCCAGAAGUGCUCGAUCCAGCAUUGAUGCGUCCAGGACGCCUGGAUAAUAUACUAUAUAUUGGCCCCCCCGACCUUGAAGCGCGGAAAGAGAUCAUAAGUAUCUGGUGCAGCAAGUCUGUGAUUCACCCUGAAGUAGGGUUAGGGGACCUAGCCUUGAGAACUGAGGGAUAUACUGGUGCAGAGAUUGUGAGCAUUUGCGAAACUGCCGGUGAUGCUGUGCUAGAUGAGGAGGACGAGAGCGGCCAGGAGCAAAACAUCCGCUGGAUACAUUUCGAGUACGCCCUGGAACAAGUCAAAAGACAAAUUACUGAAGAUGUCAUCUUGGAGUAUGAGCAAUGGGGAGACUCGCUGGAUGUUAAGUGA